UUGACGUUUAAGUUCUUUGACAGACACUGCAGAAACAAAUUUUUAGGUUAUGUCUUAUGAGUAUAAGAUUUUAUAUUUGAUUGAAUCGAAUUAAAAAUACAAUUAAACGUAUAAUAUACGUACAAAAAUCUGAUCUGAUAAAGUGAAUUAAACUUUGUCUAAAAUGGCAUCCCUCAAAAAAGUACUUUUACCGACGCAGGCAACUUUUUUAAUUGCUAAGCGAUUUCGCGGUAAGAUUAAUAUACAAAGGCCAAGGAAACCUCACUUUGAACGGCAGCUUCUAAUAGACUUGUCGAAACCGAAGUAUGGUCCUCCGAAGCACCUACUUCCUGACGCUAUGCUUUGUGAUAGAGGAGAAAAGCUAUACGCAAAAGUGAUUGAUAACCCUUUUGAGAGAAUAUUAGCAAAUGAGUGCCUCAACUGGUUUAACACAUCCAAGAUGGUUAUCUUUUUACAUGUAAAUGCAAUAAGUAUGGAAGACAAAAUGCCAGUGUUUGCGGCGCUAAGCAAGAACAAUAUGCAUUUAAGAUGUUAUGGUAAGAAGAUUGUUAGCAUGGCUACCACAGGAACACGGUAUGAGGCUGUUAAUCACUUGUUUACUUCACACCAAAAUAUUAUUUUCGGUCAACCUGAGAACAUAGCCAAGAUGUUCAAAAUUAUGAAGAAAGCACCUCAGUUAGUAAUUAUGGCCGGAAUAAUACAAGACAGAUUGAUGUCAAAGAAUGAGUUGUUAGAAUUUAGUCAAAUGCAGAACAUUGAUGUGGCGAGGAGCCAGCUGUGUGCUGUACUUGAUAGUGCUGGGUCUAGUCUUGUGAGACAACUGACUCAAGGCCAGCAGGUCUUGGUAGGCCAUCUAGAGAAGCAUGUAGAGCUCCAGAAUACCACAAGCAAGGAACCUCAAGAAAGUACUAAGACAGAACCCGAAAGUACAUCAUAAUUGUAUCAAUAAUGUAAAGUUAUUUAUUAGUAUAAGGUUUAGAAGAGUUA